CGAGCCGUGCCGAGGAUGCCGGGCCGCGGCGGUUUGCGGCUGGCGCUGCUCGCCCUCUGCCUGGGGGCGGCGGCGGCGGCGGCUGCGGGAGGGGGCGAAAGGCAGCGGCGCGGAGGGAAGAACCGGCGGCAGGCGCAGACCGCCUCGGUGCCGCAAGCCACCCCCGCGCAGGGCAAGCAGACCUGCUUUGACAAUGGACGGUACUACCAGAUAAACCAGCAGUGGGAGCGCAUUUACCUGGGGAACACGUUGGUCUGUACCUGCUACGGUGGAAGCAGAGGGUUUAACUGCGAAAGCAAACCCGAACCUGAAGAGACUUGCUUUGACAAAUACACUGGAUCCACUUACCGAGUAGGGGAGACUUAUGAGCGCCCCAAGGACUCCAUGAUCUGGGACUGUACUUGCAUUGGAGCUGGACGUGGGAGAAUCAGCUGCACCAUUGCCAAUCGCUGCCAUGAAGGCGGCAAGUCCUACAAGAUCGGCGAUACCUGGCGUCGGCCUCACGAGACGGGUGGCUAUUUGCUGGAGUGCGUGUGCCUGGGCAACGGCAAGGGCGAGUGGACCUGCAAGCCCUUGGCUGAGAGGUGCUAUGAUAACACGGCCGGGACGUCCUAUGUGGUGGGCGAGACCUGGGAGAAGCCCUACCAGGGCUGGAUGAUGGUGGACUGCACCUGCCUGGGGGAGGGCAGCGGCCGCAUCACCUGCACCUCCAGAAAUAGGUGCAAUGACCAAGACACCAAGACUUCCUACAGAAUUGGAGACACUUGGAGCAAGAAGGACAACCGGGGGAACUUGCUUCAGUGCAUCUGUACUGGUAACGGCAGAGGUGAAUGGAAAUGCGAAAGGCACACAUCUCUGCAUACAACUAGCACUGGAUCUGGCUCUCCCAGCUUCACAAAUGUACAGACAGCAUUGUACCAGCCUCAGCCUCAACAGCCCCAACCUCAGCCACAUGGCCACUGUGUAACUGAUAACGGAGUGGUGUAUUCUGUGGGUAUGCAGUGGCUGAAGACGCAGGGCAGCCAACAAAUGCUUUGUACUUGUCUGGGCAAUGGAGUCAGCUGCCAGGAAAUAGCUGUGACCCAAACAUAUGGUGGCAAUUCUGAUGGAGAACCUUGUGUUCUGCCUUUCACCUACAACGGGAGGACUUUCUACUCCUGCACCACUGAAGGCCGCACAGAUGGGCACCUCUGGUGCAGCACCACUUCCAACUUUGAGCAGGACAGGAGAUACUCCUUCUGUACUGAGCAGAAUGUUUUGGUCCAGACACGUGGUGGCAAUUCCAAUGGUGCUCUGUGCCACUUCCCUUUCCUGUACAACAACCGCAACUAUACCGACUGUACUUCUGAGGGACGGAGAGACAACAUGAAGUGGUGUGGAACCACUGAGAACUAUGAUGCCGACCAGAAAUUUGGCUUCUGCCCUAUGGCUGCCCAUGAGGAAAUCUGCACCACCAAUGAUGGUAUCAUGUAUCGUGUUGGGGACCAGUGGGAUAAACAACACGACAUGGGCCACAUGAUGAGGUGUACCUGCGUAGGAAAUGGCCGUGGAGAGUGGACUUGCAUUGCAUACUCCCAGCUCAGAGAUCAGUGCAUCGUGGAUGGUAUCACCUAUGAUGUGAACCAGACGUUCCACAAGCGUCACGAUGAGGGGCACAUGCUGAACUGCACGUGCUUUGGCCAAGGCCGCGGGAGAUGGAAGUGCGAUCCCGUUGAUCAGUGCCAGGAUUCUGAAACCCGUACCUUCUACCAAAUUGGAGAUUCCUGGGAGAAGUACGUCCAUGGUGUCAGAUACCAGUGCUAUUGCUAUGGUCGUGGUAUUGGAGAGUGGCACUGCCAGCCUCUGCAAGCCUAUGCUGGAGCAACUGGACCUGUUCAGGUGAUCAUUACAGAGAGUACGAAUCAGCCAAACUCCCACCCCAUCCAGUGGAACGCUCCCAAAACGUCUCACAUCAGCAAGUACAUUCUGCGCUGGAGACCGAAAAACUCUGGAAGGCACUGGAAGGAAGCUACUAUCCCUGGUCACCUGAACUCCUACACCAUCUCUGGCCUGAAGCCUGGUGUGGUGUAUGAAGGACAGCUUAUCAGUGUUCAGCAGCACGGACCCAAAGAAGUCACACGCUUUGAUUUUACCACAACUAGCACUACAGCAGUGACAAGCAACACUGUUUCAGGAGAGACAACUCUUCUUCCUCCCAUGGUUGCUACUUCAGAGUCAGUCACCGAAAUCACAGCCAGCAGCUUUGUUGUCUCUUGGGUUUCUGCUUCUGACACAGUUUCUGGAUUCCGUGUUGAGUAUGAACUCAGCGAGGAGGGUGAUGAGCCACAAUAUCUUGAUCUUCCAAGCACAGCCACUUCUGUCAACAUCCCUGACUUGCUUCCUGGUCGCAAGUAUAUCGUUAAUGUCUAUCAGAUCUCUGAAGAAGGCGAGCAGAAUCUGAUCCUGUCUACUUCACAGACAACAGCUCCUGAUGCACCUCCUGAGCACAACGUGGAAAGCGUCGAUGACACAUCAAUUGUCAUUAGCUGGAGCAGACCACAGGCUCCAAUCACAGGCUACAGAAUUGUCUACACACCCUCUGUGGAAGGCAGCAGCACAGAGCUCAACUUGCCUGACACUGCUACCUCUGUAACACUCAGUGAUCUGAUGCCAGGUGUUCAGUACAACAUCAGCAUCUAUGCAGUGGAGGAACAUCAGGAGAGUACUCCUGUCUUCAUCCAGCAGGAAACCACAGGCGUCCCACGCACAGAUGAAGUUCCUUCUCCCAAAGAUCUGCAGUUUGUGGAGGUUACCGACGUCAAGGUCACCAUCAUGUGGACCCCACCCCAGAGCCAAGUGUCUGGCUAUAGGGUGGAAGCAAUCCCUGUCAAUCGCCCUGGCCAGCACGGCCAGAGAUUGCCCAUUACUAGAAGCUCUUUUGCUGAAGUCGUUGACCUGCUCCCAGGAACGACCUAUCUCUUCAAGAUCUUUGCUGUGAGCCAGGGCAGGGAGAGCAAACCUUUGACUGGAGAGCAAACCACCAAGCUCGAUGCCCCCACCAACCUGAGGUUCAUCAACACCACAGAGCAUUCCGUGCUGGUGUUGUGGACGCGGCCCCGUGCCAUCAUCUCAGGAUACAGACUGACUGCAGGUCCCACGAGGGGAGGUCAGCCACGGACAUACAACGUGGGCCCUUCUGCCACUAAGUACCUCCUCAGGAACCUGCAGCCUGGCACUGAGUACACGGUGUACCUCGUGGCAGUUAAAGAAGACUUGCAGAGUGCCAGAGAGACUGGAGUCUUCACGACAUAUCAGCCUGUUGGUUCCGUUCCUCCUUUUAACACAGAAGUGACUGAGACUUCAAUUGUCAUCACCUGGACACCUGCCCCAAGAAUUGGUUUCAAGCUUGGUGUGCGCCCAAGCCAAGGUGGAGAGGCUCCCCGUGAGGUCAUCUCUGAUUCUGGCAGCAUUGUGAUAUCUGGCCUGACCCCUGGUGUGGAGUAUACCUACAGCCUCACAGUCCUGAUGGACGGCCAGGAGAGAGAGACCCCAAUCAUCAGGAGAGUGACCACACCACUGUCUCCACCAACCAACCUGCGCCUGGAGCCCAAUCCUGAUACUGGAAUCCUGAUAGUCUCCUGGGAUAGAAGCACAACUCCAGGCAUCAGCGGCUACCGAGUGACCACUGCUCCUACAGAUGGGCAGCAGGGCUCUACCUUGGAGGAAGUAGUAGGUGCAGAUCAGACCUCCUGCACCUUUGAGAACCUAAACCCUGGUGUGGAGUACAAUGUCAGCGUUUACGCAGUCAAAGAUGACCAGGAGAGCAUCCCCAUCUCCAAAACCGUCACGCAAGCUGUGCCUCCUCCCACUGAUCUCCGCUUCACUAAUGUGGGGCCUGAUACCAUGAGGGUGACAUGGACUGCACCAACUUCCAUCGUGCUGAGCAGUUUCUUGGUGCGCUACUCACCUGUGAAGAAGGAGGAGGACGUUGCAGAGCUGACAAUUUCACCCUCAGACAACGUGGUGGUCUUAACAAAUCUGCUUCCUGGUACUGAGUAUCUGGUGAGAGUCUACAGUGUUUCUGAGCAACAUGAGAGUGCGCCUUUGUCUGGAAUCCAGAAAACAGGGCUCGAUUCCCCCACUGGCCUUGACUUCUCGGAUAUAACCGCUAACUCCUUCACCGUCCACUGGAUCGCUCCUCGCGCCACCAUUACGGGCUAUAAGAUUCGGCAUCACCCAGAGCACGGCGUUGGCAGACCCAAGGAGGACCGUGUGCCCCCAUCACGGAACUCCAUCACCCUCACCAACUUGCUCCCAGGGACAGAAUACGUGGUCAGCAUCAUCGCCGUCAACGGCAGGGAGGAGAGCGUGCCCUUGGUUGGCCAGCAAACAACCGUGUCAGAUGUUCCAAGGGACCUGGAAGUCAACCCCACUAGCCCAACCAGCCUCGAGAUCUCUUGGGAUGCUCCUGCAGUGACAGUCAGAUACUACCGGAUCACUUAUGGUGAAACAGGUGGAAAUAGCCCUGUGCAGGAGUUUACAGUGCCUGGCACCAUGUCUCGUGCUACCAUCACUGGCCUCAAACCCGGCGUGGACUACACCAUCACUGUGUAUGCUGUAACUGGUCGUGGAGACAGCCCUGCCAGCAGCAAGCCUGUUACUGUCACCUACAAAACAGAAAUAGACACACCAUCCCAGAUGCAAGUUACUGAUGUCCAGGACAACAGCAUCAGCAUCAGAUGGCUCCCUUCAUCAUCCCCAGUCACAGGGUAUCGGGUGACAGCUGUCCCCAAGAAAGGGCAUGGACCCACGAAAACCAAGAAUGUUCCUCCAGAUCAAACACAAGUCACUAUUGAAGGCCUGCAGCCCACGGUUGAGUAUAUGGUCAGUGUCUACGCUCAGAAUCAGAACGGAGAGAGCCUCCCCUUGGUCGAGACAGCUGUCACCAACAUUGACCGCCCUAAAGGACUAACAUUCACUGAGGUGGAUGUUGAUUCCAUCAAAAUUGCUUGGGAAAGCCCGCAGGGGCAAGUCACCAGGUACAGGGUGACCUACUCAAGCCCUGAGGAUGGAAUCCAUGAGCUAUUGCCGGCCCCAGGUGGCGAAGAAGACACUGCUGAGCUGCAUGGCCUCAGGCCAGGUUCUGAGUACACUAUCAAUAUCGUUGCCAUAUACGAUGACAUGGAGAGCCUGCCCCUCACUGGGACCCAGUCCACAGCAAUUCCACCUCCGACCAACCUCAAGUUCACUCAGGUGACUCCUACCAGUCUUACCGUCAACUGGAACGCGCCAAACGUUCGUCUCACUGGCUACAGGGUCAGAGUGAACCCCAAAGAGAAGACCGGUCCGAUGAAAGAGAUCAACCUUUCUCCAGACAGCACAUCUGCUGUCGUGUCGGGAUUAAUGGUGGCAACCAAGUAUGAAGUGAGUGUGUAUGCCCUGAAGGACUCUCUGACCAGCCGACCUGCCCAGGGGGUGGUGACCACUCUUGAAAAUGUCAGUCCCCCUCGCAGAGCCCGUGUGACAGAUGCCACAGAGACGACCAUCACCAUUACCUGGAGAACCAAGACUGAGACAAUCACUGGCUUCCAAAUUGAUGCCAUCCCAGCAGCAAGUGGCCAGAACCCCAUCCAGAGGACCAUCAGCCCCGAUGUUAGGGCUUACACUAUCACUGGCUUGCAACCUGGCAAUGACUACAAGAUCUACCUUUACACCCUGAAUGAGAAUGCCCGCAGCUCUCCAGUAGUGAUUGAUGCUUCCACAGCCAUCGAUGCUCCUUCCAACCUGCACUUCCUUACAACAACGAGCAACUCCCUCCUGGCCACCUGGCAGCCUCCACGAGCCAAGAUCACGGGCUACAUCAUCAGAUAUGAGAAACCUGGCUCACCAGCCAAGGAGCUUCUGCCUCGCCCUCGGCCCGGCGCCACUGAGGCUACUAUUACAGGCUUAGAACCAGGAACUGAAUACACCAUCUACAUCAUUGCUGUGAAGAACAAUCAAAAGAGUGAACCGCUGGUUGGCCGAAAAAGAACAGAUGAUCUGCCCACAUUGAUUACUGGACCUCACCCCAACCAGCCCGACAUUCUGGACGUGCCUUCUGUUGAUGAGGGGACCCCUUACCUCACAAACAAUCGGUACGACAAUGGAAACGGCAUCCAACUUCCAGGCACUUCAGGGCACCCGCAGACAAUAGGACACCAAGGUCAGCAAGUCUUCUUGGAGGAGCAUGGCUACAGGCGGCCUGUACCCACCACGGCGACUCCCCUUAGGCCUGGGUCGAGACGGCAGCCACCAAAUGUAGAUGAAGCCAUUGAAAUCCCAGGCUACCAAGUGCCAAUCAUAGUGGAGCCUUCGUACCCCCACUCCCGUGGGCCCAGGCGCAACGACACCACUGGCCAAGAAGCUCUUUCCCAGACAACCAUCUCCUGGAGGCCUUUGCUGGAGAGCACUGAGUACAUCAUCUCGUGCCAACCAGUCAGCCAGGACGAAGAUACUUUGCAGUUCAGGGUUCCUGGCACUUCCUCCAGCGCCACGCUCACCGGCCUCACCAGAGGGGCCACCUACAACAUCAUAGUGGAAGCCCUGAAGGAUCACCGGAGACAAAAGGUGUUGGAAGAGGUGGUCACAGUUGGCAAUACUGUGUCUGAAGGACUAAACCAGCCCACUGACGACACCUGCUAUGAUACUUACACUGGCUCCUUCUAUUCCAUCGGCGAGGAGUGGGAGCGAUUAUCUGAAACGGGCUUUAAACUCUGGUGCCAGUGCUUGGGCUUUGGCAGUGGUCACUUCAGAUGCGAUUCCUCUAAGUGGUGCCAUGAUAAUGGUGUGAACUACAAGAUUGGGGAGAAGUGGGACCGGCAGGGGGAGAAUGGCCAGAUGAUGAGCUGCACCUGCCUUGGAAAUGGAAAAGGAGAAUUCAAGUGUGAACCUCAUGAGACCAUGUGCUACGACGAUGGGAAGAUGUACCAAGUUGGAGAGCAGUGGCAGAAGGAAUAUUUUGGGGCCAUCUGCUCCUGCACUUGUUAUGGAGGACAGCAGGGCUGGCGUUGUGACAACUGCCGCAGGCCCAGUGUGGAAGUGGCCCCCGAAGGCUCAGCUGGCCACACCUACCCCCAGUUCACACAGAGAUACCACCAGGCCACCAACACUAACGUCAACUGCCCCAUUGAGUGUUUCAUGCCCCUAGAUGUACAGGCAGACACACAACAUCCACGGGGAAAGUAACAUCCAGCAAGACUUCUUGCGGCAAUGGCAACAGACAAACCAAAGCAUAAAUACCUAUCUGCCACGAUUACCAUCCAAACUGGAGUGAUGCUAGCAAAACUGCAUCUUUGAGAAUGGCCCUUUUGCUCCGGAGCCAUUUUCCCAGCUUAAGCUCAACUCACAGCUUCUCCAAGCGCCACUCUUGGAGUGUUUCAGACUUUUCUCACGAUUGGUAGCAAUGGUCUCGUUCUUGCUCAAAGUGUUGAAUGCCAGUCAGUAUUUACAAAUUUAAAGGGGGUAAAAAAAAAAACAACAAAAAAAAGGGGAGGGUGGUGGGGGGAGAUACUGAAUCACAAACUGGUGGGGGAUCAGAACGUCAAGGGGGAGGGAGAGAGUUAGAAGUGGAAGGUUCCCAUUCUAUGCAAACAACAUUUGAGUCCAACAUUCCCAACCUUUAGAGAUAGGAAAGUCCACCAAACACUUCUGCUUUCACAUAAGCGUGCAGCCAGCAGUAAGAUAGGAACAGCAAAUCCAAUCACUGUGAUAUUUAAAAUAUGCACAGUCCUGAUUCUUUCUCCAUGAUCCUAGUAUUUUUCUAGCUGUAUCUUUGUAUCUCAUGCUGUUAUUUAUCAGUUUUGUUCCCCUGACCUUCAAGUGUUUUUAUACGGGAAUAAAAUGGAUUGAAGACACUUAGUAGGCAGUUGACAAAGAGGAAUUUGGUGUAAUUAUGAUCAGUGAUUAUUUUUAUACUGUAAGUGCCAAAGCUUUACUACUGUGGAAAAGAAAAAAAAACAACUCUUUUAAUAAAAAGAUCUACAAACCA